UCUUCUCACAUUUCAAAAUUAUUCCCAAAUGAACUCUCUCUAAAGAAGAAGAAGCAGCGGCGACAGCCACUCUUCCAUCUCCGGCGAAUCGCCAUCUCCGGCAUCGCCGGAGCCCUCUCCUUCUUCCCCUUAUACAUCUUCUCCCUUCAGACCCAAUUAUCUCAAAAUUAGAAACCCUCUGUGAACAAGGGGACGGCGGCGGCUUCCCCUUCAUCUCGGCGACCGGCGAUCUUCGCCGUCCUCUGUGUCGCCGUUCCCGUCACCUCUCGCAAUUUCCCCAUCUGUUCUCCAAUUUCUCCCAGAUUCGUCGAAUUUCAAAAUCCCUAAAUCAAAAUCAAAAUCCCUAAAUUCAGAAUCGGAGGCGGUGCCUUUCCUCUCCGGCGAAACCGCGCCCCGCCUCAACGGAAAUUCGGAGUUCCGUCGGCGCGUACUCCUUCCUCCAUUGAGUUCUCCCUCUUCGCUGCCCUCUCCGUCGAGCCCUCCCCGCCGCUUCUUCGCGCCAGCGGUGGCAGCGCCACCGCCGAACACUCGUCGGGCUCUUAAUGCUGCGCGCACUCUUUCUCCGGCUCGCGGGGAAGCUCGUAAGUUCGCCGUCGCGCUCACGCCUCCAGCUGCGAGCAGGGCCGUUGCCUCGUCGCCUUCUCGCGAAUCCAGCGGCGGAGUGGAGAGCCUCGUCUCCUUUUUCCUCUCUCAGCCGCGACUGGCAGCCGCUUCGCGGAGUUCCCGGGGUUCCGUUGACGUUUUCCCGCCGCCCGGCAGCCCCUCCGCCUAAGGUACAAGGCUGUAACUUGGAGCCUUAUGGGCUGAAAAUCGAGAAGGAUGGGGGAAGAAGAAGAAGAGGGAAUCUUAUCCCCACUAUGCCUGCAUUCUCAUUCUUACUUCUAGCUUGGAGCCCAAGUCUUAGGUCUUGAGACCAUUAGGAUAGUAGUAGCUGUCAUUAUUCAUUCUUGUACCAAAUAAAGAUGUAUGUACUUAAAUACUUUAUUCUCAAUUACAUCCCAUGCAUUUCUAUUUC